AUGUUGCAGAUGGUUGGCGAGUGGUUCUGGUGGGACCGCAUUUGGCUCCCUUCCAAUCUGACCUGGUCUGACCUGGAAGACCAAGAAGGCCGUGUCUACGCCAAAGCGUCUGAUCUCUACAUCACCAUGCCCUUUUCCAUAGCCUUCCUCAUAAUCAGAUACCUCUUUGAACGGCUGAUUGCCACACCUGUUGCGGCCUCGUUUGGGAUCAGGGACAGAGUUCGGCAGAGGGUUGUUGUAAGCCCUGUCCUGGAGGGGUAUUUCUGCUCUCACUGCAGAAACCCAACACAGUCUGAUAUCGAUGGGCUGUCGAAAAAAUGUGGAUGGACCAGUAGGCAGGUAGAACGCUGGUUUCGUCAAAGGAGGAACCAGGACAGACCGGGACUUCUGAAGAAGUUCAGGGAGGCCAGUUGGAGAUUUGUCUUCUAUUUAUUGGUGUUCAUUGGUGGAUUCAUAGCACUGUAUGAUAAGCCCUGGUUCUAUGACAGCCGGGAGGUGUUUGCCAGCUUUCCAACUUACUCUCUACUGAACUCCCAGUACUGGUAUUACAUCACAGAGAUGAGCUUCUAUGGUUCUCUGCUCUUCAGUGUCACAUUUGAUGUCAGAAGGAAGGAUUUUAAGGAGCAGAUCAUCCACCAUCUGGCCACCUUAACUCUGCUGGUGUUCUCCUGGUGUGCUAACUACAUCCGCAUCGGAACACUGCUGAUGAUUGUCCAUGAUGCCUCUGAUGUUUUGCUGGAGUCUGAAAAGUUGUUCUACUAUGCCAAGUGGGAGAAGACCUGCAACAGCAUCUUUGUGGUGUUCGCCAUUGUGUUCAUAGUGACCAGGCUGGUCAUAUUUCCUUUCUGGCUCAUCCACUGUACGUGGGUCUACCCAGUCCUACUCUUCCCCCCGUUCUUUGGCUACUACUUCUUCAAUGCUAUGCUGGUCAUCCUGCAGCUCCUCCACCUGUUCUGGGCAUACCUGAUCCUGCGCAUGGUCAGGAAGUUCCUCUUCAGCAAUCUGACCGGUGAUGAGCGGAGUGACCAUGAGGAAGAAGAGGAGGACUCCACAGAGGAGAAUGGAGUCUGUCAGAAAGACUUGUUGGAGGAGAAUGGAACAUGUCAGAAAGACUCAUUAGAGAAGAACGGAGCUCAUAAAGUGAGGAAUAGCACCGGAGGAGCUGUGCAGCAGGAGCACUGA